AAGUGUGUUAAACCAGGUUGUCGUCCAUGUCCAAGGCUCUCAGUUCCUCUCGUGCUGCUCUCCAUGCUUUUUUGAGGCAAACACGGCCUCUGGAAACGGCUGUCCGACUGACUCCUCGUUUGAUACCCCACCGUUCACGACGGCCAUACGGCACUAACACCCCGCCACGAAAUGCCGAACAGCAAAACCAUACAUCCUCUUAUAUAUCUGCCAAAAGACCGGACCCUUCACGCUUAGUGGACCACCUCAACAAUGUCUUCCAACCACUCCAGUUUCCUCCAGAACUUGCGGCCCGAAUAUUAACCCAUGCAAGCCACAAGGACGCAAUAGUCAGUCACAAUGCUAGACUCAGCUUUAUUGGUCGUCGAGUCCUAAAGACCUACUUAUUGCUUUUCCUCCACUCGUCUCCCGCUUUGCAUUCUGCGCAUGACUAUGAACUUAUCCUUGAGCGGACGCUCAAUACAUACGUCCUUGGAGAGCAUGUUGCACCCACAUGGAGUUUGGGUCGUGUGCUGAAAUGGUCGCCAGUCAACAUUAGUCCGCAAGUUGCCUCGGGCAGCGAUUACUCAAAUUUGGACCCAAAAUUUUCGCGCAGCGUAGGAUUGUACAAGGUGCAGGGUGCGGCCGUAGAGGCCGUUGUAGGCGGAGUCUUCCAUCAAUAUGGCGGCGCUAUUGCUCAUCGACUCUUCCACACUCGAAUUCUUCCUCAUCUCUUGCUUCCAGGCAGGCCGGAAGGAUUGCACGAUGCGUUCCACCCGCAUGCCCUAGAUAUCUGCGAGAGAAUGGGUGGUGUGGACGGUCCAUUGAUCACCACCGGCAGCACAUCUUCGACGGCGGACCUAUUCAACGCAGAGAAAAGCCAUCCAAAAGUUACGACCUCAUAGAGUACCUAUUCUAGCAUAGUUGCUUCAUACAUCUAUUGCAUAAUUCAUCCGUGCAUACCAUUUUUACCCUGAUGAUCUUUCGGUGACAUACCUGUAUGCAGCUUGCCCAAUUUGCAGCAUGAGCGUGUACGAUGUGAAGCUUCUCAGACACACCCCACUCUCUACCUUCUUGCACUUACCAU